UCGUCAUUUGGAGGUGAUUUCAUGCUUAAAUCAUCAUCAUUUACGUGUCCUUAUUGUCGACGGAACCCCAGAUAACCUAUAGAAGGUACAUUUUUCAGUUGUAAGAAACCUCUUACUAUGUGUGGUAUCUGCUGUGUAUGUAGUAAUGUACAAGAUGAUCAAACAGUGGAUUGGAAGGAUUUUAUUGAGAAACAUUCCAGAAUAGGGAGAAGAGGGCCAGAUUGCAGCAGAUCUACUCAGGUUGAAUCUGGCUGUAAGGGCAGACAGCUCUUUUUACAAGGUCAUGUCCUUCACCUCAGAGGUGAACUGACUCCUCAACCAUUACAGGAUCACCAUGGCAACACUCUCCUUUGGAAUGGAGAAAUAUUUGGAGGCCUGGAGAUUGGAGAGGAAGAAAAUGACACCGAAGUCCUAUUGAGAGAAUUGUCUGCCUCUGCUGACCCUUGUAAUCUACUGACCACUAUGGCCAAAGUCCAGGGCCCAUGGGCAUUUAUGUACUGGGAGGAAAAGACAAAAUGUUUGUGGUUUGGACGCGACAUGUUUGGGAGACGAAGUCUCCUAUGGCACCUCCCACAAAACAGGAAGGAACCAUUCAUCUUAUCAUCCACACAGAUCGGAGACAAGGAAUUUCAGGAAAUUCCAUCAGUUGGAAUUUAUUGUUUACAUUUCUCAGACAUCCAGAGUGAAGGUUGUGAUCUUAAUAUUCACCUCUAUCCACGAGAAGAGAGUGUUUGGCCAGGAACAUUGGACAAAGUGGACAACAGUCAAAUUUUUAAGGACAGAUUGGGGAGUGGUAGGUCUGAAAAUUCUCCACUGAAAUUUUCUAUGGAUACUGACUUGAAAUUUCCUUCACCAAUGCCAAAGUUGAACAAGGCAUUGCUGAACACCGACAGUGACCUUGAAAAGAAGGUUUCAGAUGACCUUGACCAUAAAGUAUCAGGAUCAAAUGCAGAAUUAAUUGAUGACCAUCAGAAAUAUAUAGAAAAUCUAAUUCAUAGCAAUGAAGUUAUAGGUAAACUAGCUGAUCAGCUCAUAGAUGUCCUUCAAAGGGCAGUCAAGAAGAGGAUUUACAAUCAGCCUGGCCUGUCUUUAAUGACUGAUGUCCAAAAUUCAGCUGAUUGUUUGCCAGAUGUCAAGAGGUCACCAUGUUCUCAGUGUAAACCUCAUCCAGUGUUUUCCAACAAAACAAAUGAAUCUGGAAAAAAUCCUUCAACAGAUGAAGACACCAGUACAGAAAGUAUUUCAAGUAGAGGAGAGGAGGAGUGUGUAGCUGAAACAAAGACCAGUGUUACAUGUGAACAAGAAAAUGCAAAAGUUGCCAUUUUAUUUUCUGGGGGAAUAGACUCAGCUGUGAUCACUGCACUAGCAGAUAGGUGUCUGCCAGAGAGUGAGCCUAUAGAUUUAAUGAAUGUGGCUUUUGAACAACAAAUGAAACCAUCAAGGAAAAAAGGGGCCAGUAAUAUGAAUGAUCCCGUAGCUGAUGAACAGAGAUGGAAUGUUCCAGACAGACUUACUGGAUACAGUGCCCUUGCAGAACUCAACCCAAGACGUAGAUGGAACUUCAUACAAGUAAAUGUGUCACUUCCAGAACUCCAGCAAAUCAGAUCUAAUCAUGUGCGCCAUUUGGUAUAUCCUUUGGAUACAGUGCUUGAUGACAGCAUUGGUUGUGCUGUAUGGUUUGCAGCCAGAGGCCAAGGCAUCAUAGGAAAUGGGGCUCAGCAAGGGUUUCCUUAUACCAGUACUGCAAGGGUGAUACUCUGUGGGAUGGGAGCUGAUGAACAGCUGGCAGGAUACUCCCGGCACAGGGGCAGGUUUAGUGAGCAGGGAUGGCAAGGACUACUGGAUGAGGUAGAGCUUGAGAUCACCCGCAUAUCUGCCAGAAACCUUGGUCGGGAUGACAGGAUCAUCACAGACCACGGUAAAGAGUCCAGAUUUCCUUUCCUUGAUGAAGAGGUUGUGAAGUUUCUGAGCAGUGUUCCUAUGCAUUACAAGGCAAAUCUGGACUUACCUCGUGGCAUCGGUGAGAAGUUACUUCUCAGAGUUUGUGCAGCUAAGCUUGGGCUCCUGUCCACAUCUGUGCUGCCUAAACGAGCCAUCCAGUUUGGUUCCAGAAUAGCAAAGAUGGAGAACAACAAAGAAAAGGCAACCGACAAAUGUAAACGCCUGGCUGACUGAUGAUCUCGAGGAA